UUGUCGGCCCCACCCCGCCUUCAGAGACCCUGCCCCUUCCUGGGAAACCCGGUUGGGAAGAUGUGGAGCCCUCCCUCGACAUCUGGACCAUCUGGACGUCUAAACCUCCUUCCCAGGGUCUAAGAAAACGGGUGCCCUCCCCUUCACCAUUCCCUCCUCUCUUCCGAGGACCCCAUCCCCGGUCGUUGCAGAGAAGGGAGUUGCAAGAACCGAAGUGACAGUGAGAGCCUGGGCAACAUGAGAGAUUGGACAGCUCACUACACUGGAGAAUUUAUUGUUAGGAGAAUUAAUCCCCAAAGAGACUGAAGUGAGUCCCAGGAUGGCCAAAGAGGAGCCCACCAGUACCUUAAAGGACUUGCAGGAGCUGCAGAAGAAGCUGUCUUUGCUGCUAGAGUCCUUCCAGAAUAACUCAAAGGUGGUUGCCUUCAUGAAGUCUCCGGUGGGUCAGUACUUGGACAGGCAUCCCUUUCUGGCCCUCACUUUGCUGGUGUUCAUUGCUGUGUCGGCUGUACCUGUUGGGUUCUUCCUGCUCCUGGUGGUGUUCACCUCCUUGGCUGCUCUCGUGGGGGUCAUCUUGCUGGAAGGACUAGUCAUCUCUGUGGGUGGCCUUUCACUGCUUUGUGUCCUCUGUGGCUUGGGCUUUGUAUCAGUCGCAUUGUCGGGGACGAUCAUGGUGUCCUACAUGGUGGUGUCCAGCCUCAUCAGCUUCUGGUUUUCUCCCAGGCUGCUGAUACAGCAGAACCCCAGAGCCGACUGUCAGCUGGCUAUGAAGGCCGCAGACUUCGAGGGGCUCUACCAGGAGUGACCAGCCGACUGGAACCAGACUUUCCUCCCGCAUCUCCAGAAAGCUGUUGGUCACACUCGCCCACUGGGAUUAUGGCCUAGGAGGACAUUCGGGCACCCUGUGGCUGGGUCCCCUGGCCUUUCCACUCACUGUGUAAAAUCCUGUUGUGGACAGCAUGGUUCCUCCCUGCCCUACGCUCUCCACGUGUGCAGCUUGACCUUGGCAGGGAUCUGGGCCUCCAGAGCCUAGGGCUUAUGUCCAGGGCCCCAGUUGGGAGUAAUAGUGAAUUGUUUUUUAGGGUGUUUAUUUGUUUAUUUUUUGAGGGUAGUUGUUUUCACUCAUUUGAAAUGAGAUAAGGAGAAAAAAGUAUCCAAAAUAGAACCAGCUUUUCUGCCUUAUUUGUUUUUUUAUCAGAAAGAACAGCAACAUUUUGGAAUAGGGUUCACUCAGAGUUGGAAGAAUCCAUACUUUUUGGCCAGGAGUCUUUUUGAAAACUUCUAAAGUUGUGGUUUCAAUUGUUACUGUUGAAUGCUGUUAAGUGCCAUUGACCUUUUACAUAUUUGCACCUGGUACUUUUGUAUUAUUUUAAAGAACUUGUCCUAUUCAGCCAUUUCUUAAAAAAAAUAAAAAAGUGAGAGGACUACAAAGUAAAAAUAAAAUAUCCUGUAUGGUUUUUACUUCAGUAGUUUAUUUGCUGCUGGAUCUUAUUAAAUAUGUAUUUGAGUGGGCUUUAAGAAAAUCUGCCCCUUUGACUCUCAUAUGCCAGAAGACUGCAUUAGUCAGCUUUCUGUAAAGGUAACAUACCUGAAAUAUCAGUGUUAUAAGAGAAAAAUUACUCAAGAGUUUCAUAGUUUCAGCCCAUGGUCCCUUGGCCCUGUGAUUUGAGCAUGUGGUCAUGCAGUACAUCAUGGCAGACGAUGUGGCAGGGAAUGGCUGGGGCAGCUAGGAAACCAAAAGAAGAGGAUGAGGGCUGCAUAUCCUCUUCAAGGGAUGCCCCCUCCUCCAGUGACCUAACUUUCACCAGGUGCCAUGUCCUAAAGGUUCCACUGCCUCCCAAUAAUAGUACCACAAGUUGGUGACAAAGCCUUUAACACGUGGAUCUUGGGGGACACUUACAUAGCAUGUACCUGUUGAUUUCAUGGCAGAUGCUGGCUAAUAUGGGUCUUUUAAUUGGAGUGAUGGAAAGAGGGAUUAGUUUCAUUCAACCAGAAAGCUAGAGGGGGGAUCUUCAGGCACUGCUGGGUCUACGGGCUAGGUGGUCUCAGCCCUGCUUUUUACAGAAUGAGCUGCUUUUUCAGGUAGACCUGUCAAACACGGAGGUCCCAGCUGCUCUAGUCAGCACUCUGAAUCUGGCAAGAAAGCGUUUUCCCAGAGGAGGUGCAGAUGUGCUGGGUUUGACUCUGAUUGAACAGACUUGAAUCAUGUGAGCAACUUUGAACCAGUCAUGAUGGUCAGGAGGAUGGACUAAGCUGAUGAGGCCGGGCUGGACAAUCCUUUUAGGAGCCAGGGGAGGGGUGCAGAGAGAUAGAAGAGGCUCCCAAAGCAAUGCCAGAAGAAAAGGAAAGACUUGCUGGGCAGACAAAAACAAAUGGUGCUACUUGCCAUAGUGGGACACACAAAUCUUAAUGUGGUACUGAGACCUUUCUGCCUUCCAUGACCUUGAACCACAUUAGAGAAUAAGAUUCACCCAUUUCUGCCAAUACCAUGGUAGUAUUGAUGUUGAGUUACUGAUUUUUGAAUGUUUCUUCCCUUCAUGCAAGUGUCUGAUAUAAUCUGUCUAUGCUGUCCACACCGCUGGGUUCUGAGACUUCAGUAAUGGUGAAUGGAAAGGUCCCUGGCUUCCUUCCUGAAGUUGACUGUCCAGGGCACCAGGCACGUAACAAUUUACCACCAAUUGUUGGCUUAAAAAGACAUGCAUGUGUCACCUCCCAUUCUCUCCCUAUUAGGAGUGCAGGUAGAACUCCGCUGGAUCCUUUGCAAGACUGCAGUCACAGCCAGGGCUGGGUUCUCUUUUGAGGCUGACAGGGGAAGGAUCCACAUUGAUCAUUGGCAUCAUCUAGUUCCUUGCUGGCUACAGAACUGAGGCCUUGGGUUUCUUGCUGUGUGACCUUGUCUACAUAGCAGUUCACAGUGUGGCAGUUUGCAUUUCCAAAGCCACCAAAGGAGAGUCUUUUCGCAAUAUGGAUACUACUUUCUUAGGUAACAUAACAUAUAUAAUCACUUACCUCCUGUCAUGGAUUCUGUACUUUGGUGGUUAAAGUCGCCAUAUUCAGAGGAGGGGAUCACUCCAGGCAUAGAAACCAGAGGGGGAUCAUGGACUGCACCUUAAUUAACCCACUACAAGUACACAAAAUAUGAAACUGUGAUAAAUGCAUAGAAUAAGAGUAAAAAGGUGACAAAUAUAUAAGAAAGCCCAUUUGAGCCUCAGUGAUCAGGGAUUUCAUCUCUUGGAACCAAAGAAUGAGAAGUUGCCCCCAGGUCAAGCACUGUGGGGAGGGUGUUCCUGGUAGAAGGAACAGCAGCACAAAGUCCCAGAGGCUGCAAAGAGCUUAGUGGGUUUAAGGAAAUGAAACAAUGUCAUGUGACUGGGCCUGUUGAGCCAAGGGUUAAGUGGAGGGGAGGUAGGAACUCUUCUCGUAGAACCUCAACGGGAAAGACAGUAGAGGAUCUUACAUGAGAGAGUGAUGUGAUCAGACUUAGGUUUUUUAAGAAUCACUCCCCAAAGAAUUGGGAGCAGAAAGGCCCAUAAAGAGGUCCCCAGAGGGAUUCUAGGGUGGAGUUAAUGGAGACCUUCAUUUGGAGAGCCAGCAGCAUUUGGUGUAGAUCAACUGUAGGUAGAGAAAGAAAGGACACCUAUCCAUUUUUAGAUUGAGCCAGUGGGUGGCCUGAGACACUAUUUUUUGAGGUGGGGGCUGUGUGGAAAUUCAAACCCUUCCUUGCUCAUAUUAGUCCUAUUAUGCCUUUUUGACAUCAAGAGGAUAUGUCAGGAGGACCAUUGGCUUGGAGAGUGGUCUGGCUGAGGUUAUAAGGUUUGAGGGCAUUUCAGUGCUGAGAGCUUUACACAACCUUUUUGUGAGUAGCAAAGAGAAGAUUUGAAAACAUGCUUCUGUCCAUAAACACCUUUGCUUCAAGACAGGCCAAGUGCAAGGUGCUUCGCGUCAGGUGCUGCUACUUCUCGUGGAUCAGACCAAUCGCAAUCUCCACCAGCUUGCUUCUAAUUUUUUAUAUCAGCAUCUGAGGUGAAACCAAGGUUCAGAGAAUAAAUGACUCACCCAAUUCAUCUAAGUCAAGGCAGUAGUGUGAGGUCAUUUCAGCCUCUGUUAUGCUGCCUGGACCUAAAGCCUUUGCAUAUCAAACAGUGAAAUUAUGUAUGAAACUCUGCACAGUGCUUACUGCAGAAUAAUAUCAAAAUGCAUGACUGCAGAAUCAUUUAAAACAGCAGAAUGGGAAUAUGUAAAAGACCUACUAGAGGGUUGUUGGGGGCUCAAGGUUAUUAAACAAGUAUCAUUGGAAAAGUAAUUAACCCUCAGAGCAUAAAGAACAGUGACUUCAUAAAACCAUGGUGUUAAUUUAA